CUCCACGCAAGAACAGACGCCACUUUCUCCACAAUGGGCAAUACAACAGUCAAGACAAAGAAACGAAGGGGCACGGCCGGUAGAAUAGGCAUCCAGUUGGACCACAGCGCUGCGAAUCUGGUAAAGCGUCUGGAGGUUAAUCGUCCGUGGAGCGACGAUCCCUUUUCCAAUAUCUUCAUGGACUUCUUCGCAAACAUCAUAAAACGCCCCUUGAGCGUGGCCAGAAGUGGUUCCCAUGCUACGACCAUGGAAGCGGCACAGGCCCCCACUGAUGCCACCCCAAAAGAAGGAGCACCGCUGGUAUCCACUGAUUUGGGUUCGUUACUCGACUCGGCAUCAGAAGAUCUGAUGUUCCUGGAGGAGCAGCACAGCAAGAUGCUGCUGGAACCCAUACCCCUACCAAUCGCCAGCCCCGUUACACCACCCACCAGCAGCAGGGAUAGCAUCCAGAAACUACUAAGUGAGAUUAACGUGAACCUUAACCAAGUCAGUGCCAACGAAAUGGAGCACUUGCAGGCUAUGAGUGGCGAGUUGAAUCCACUGGCGGUGAAGGCCAGCCCCAAACCAGUGAGCACAGAUCAACAGAAAGCUCUGGCAGCAGCAACAGGUGGUAUCAAGCUGGACGUAGAUGCUACUCCGAAGUUCGGCGGUCUUCCAGAGUAUGACGAGACGCAAAUCCCAGAUGUGGAUGCUCAUCUUAAAUCUGACCACUCGAGCUCUGAUGUCUUUGUGGAGUGCCUCUCAUUGCACGCCGAAAGAUAUUCCGGAGAUCGGUCGGACCUGGAGGCCUAUUCCAGUGCUCUUAACGAUGUGCUAGAGCAUCAGAUGUCUUCAGCCUCUGCGGCCACUUUAGAGAAUACCUUUGACGAUCCCCUAGCAGUUAGUCAGAACGACGUUAGCUAUGAGCCCAUGGAUGUGGAUGAGGUUAACGAAACUAUGGAAAUGCUUAAGAAUGUCCUGGACCCAGAGGAUCAUCAACUCUUGCAGCAGCAGUUCCUUGUUGAUCUUCCUAACCAAGAAGUUAAUCCAGUACAGAUCGAACCAGUGCAGGAAACUUUGACAUUGCCUGAGUCGCCUGAACCAGUGCAAGAAACUGUGCCACUUCUUGAGGCUCAGUCGGCAAAGGAUGUAACAGAAAUGGUAAAGGAAGAACCAGGCUUGGAGGACCCGCCAAUAACUCCUCAAGAAACAGAGACUAAGGAGGACUUAUUGAACGAGAAGUUACCGAUAGUUGGGACUAACACUCUGAAGGAGGAUCAACAGUCGGUACAACUACCGGAACAACCGGAACCAAAGGAGUUGAAUGAAGAGAUCCUGGAGUCGCAGCCCUUGCAAAUACAGAACAUUCAGGAGCAUCUUGAAGAAAAUACGGAGCUUGAACAAGAAAUCCAAAAGGAACAAGCAUCUGUUCAUGAACAGCCUGAGCCUCUUGAGCUUCAGAUAGAAAUUCCCAAUGAUCUAGGAUCAUCUCUUCACAAUGAACCUGAAUCCUCUGAGCCCCAAGAGAACCCAGUGGCCCCUAUGCCUUCAUCACCGCCUAUACCCACUCAUCGUCCAAAGACAGCAGAAGAAUUAGAGUACUUAGCCCUCCAAGCACUGCCCCUGCCUGACGAGGAAGCUUUCGACGAAACACACAAGAUCGAAUCACCCAAGGAGAAGGAAGAAAUUAAAAAUAUGGAGCCAUCCUAUUCUGUACCGGUAGUGCAGGUUACAACUACUCCGCCAAAAUCCACAACACCCACUGAACAAGAAUCGGGUAGUGAUAUGUCUGCUUUCCGUUGUCGUAGCUCUGGACCACACUCUCCAACCUUUCCCAUCAAAGGGCCCUCGGAGCUACCGGCCCACUUUCCUCAUUCUCCGCAUGCUCCUCCAGAAAGUGAAGAAAUGCCGUACCUGGAGGAAGCCGUUGUAGAACCAUCGGCGGAUCGGAAGCAAAGCGUUUGCGAAGCUGGAGUGAUUGCCAGGUCACCAGUUUCCAUUAAAGUGACUCAAGCCAGCCCCGAGAUGCAGGAACACCUCAACGAGACCCUGCCUAUAAGUGAGGUGGUGUCCCCAACUCCACUGAACGGAACCUUCGAGGCUGCUCCACUGCAAGCUUCGACCACAUUUGCCGUGUCUCUGGGGUCUGCCGAUGAACAACAACGCCGAACGUUUUCUGUCAUCCAGUCCACCGAUGAGCCAGAGGAGACCAAAUCGCGAAGGACCUUUUGCUUGGAUCCGAAUCCCGACGUGCCGCGACGCACUUUUUCCGUGGAGCAACAUGCAUCUCCUGCGCUGGAGGCGACUGAGGAAAACAUCGUUGGGGAUGAACUUGAGCCAAUGGAUGUGGAUUCAUCCAUGCGCGUGGAGGAAACAACGGUGGACAGGCCUCCUGUUUCAACAUCACCACCGAUUCCCACACAUCAAAACCUGAGACGAGCCCCCAUUCAUACGGAAUUUCAUUCUCCGUCCUCGCCGCGAGGCAAUGCUACAGUUGUCCUGGAGGAGCAGGCCUUGUCCGCUAAGGAGCAGGCCACCCUCAGUGCCAGUGACGAGAAGGACGAUGUUUUUGUGGAGCACUUUGGCGCCAUGUCUCCCGUCUCGGACGACAUGUUCAAGACGCCUCAGUUCACCAGCAGUGGAUUCCAGAACCAAGCCAAAAUGAAGGCCAAUGCCGCAGGGCCCUCAGCAGCACUGAAUGAGCCGACGAGCCGGAACAGGGAUGUCAUUGUUUGUGACGAAGAACAGUUCUACGAUGCGGAAUUCCAGGACAGCGUCGCCAACCAAAACUUAAUACUGAACUCAUCAGAUUUUGAUUAUUUGUACACCAAAGGCAGCAAUAAUGCGCCCAUCGAUCGCAGCUCCUUGCUUUUAAAGUUUGAUCCGCUCCUUGGAGCCCCCGUGCCAGUAAAUCAUCCGCAGCAGCAGGAGCAGGCGCUGCUGAAUAUACUGGGAUCUAAUCCCAACCAGGCCCAAAACAGAGCACUCAGUCCCACACUAGAGGAGCACGAAACCAGUGGCGGAAAUCAAUCGUUCGGAGUUGUAGCCAGUGCCAAAGAUACAGCCAAGAAAUUGGAGUUUAAGCCCCCAGUGGAUAGAACAAAAAAGCAUGCUAAAAUGAGUGUGGACGUCAUUGACAACGACUGCAACAAAACCUUCGAUAAUUCCAACCUUAAUUCGGAGGACAAGUCCCACACCUACAACAACAUGGAUGAGCUGGAGAAGAAAAUUAAAAAUGAAGUUACCCGAUCAGAGGAUAUUGAGAAGAAGCUUAAGGAGGCCGAGCAGCGAGAGGAGGCACUCAUCAAACGUAUCACGGAAAAAGACAAAACAAAUGCUAAACUUAACGGCGUCAUCGAAGCCUAUGAGAAGGCCAUUGCGGAAUUAAUCAGCGAGAAGGAACAGUUGGCACAGGGCUACGAACGUCAGCUGCAGGAGGUACAGACAGAUCGGGACGCCAACUACCAUCAUUUAACGUCGCUGGAAUCGACGUUCUCAGAUCUGCAUGUGAAAUACGAGAAGAGCAAACAGAUGACCUCGCAGCUGAAAACCAACGAGGAGGCUCUGAUGGGUGAGAGAAAGCAGCUGAUGGACAAUCUGCGGUUGCAGGAGCAGCGAUACGACAAGAUGAAAAGCCACGCCAUGCAGCAGCUAGAAAUUGCCAACAAAAAGCUGGACACAUAUUCAAGAGAACAUGCUGACGAGGUGAAGAAACUGAAAGCUUUACUCAAGAAGGAGGAGGUGUCGCGGGUCUCUAUGACGGAGCAGCUGCAGCAGAAGUCGCGCGAGAAUGCCGACCUUCUGAAGAUCUGCGAGGAGCUCAUCUAUGGCAAGGGACAAGGUGGUAGUAGUUAAACUUUUUCGCCCGGAGGAUCGCCCGGAAUGUAUUUUAUAUGUUGCUGUAACGCGCACAUACACACUCAUCUCCACACCCUCUCAUCCGGCAUGUGGAAAGCAUAUUGCAGCAUGUCGUAGAUCUGUAACUCGCGUUUAUAUCGUCAUUUCAUCAAAUCCAUACUGUAAUAACUGCUCUUUUGUGUGCUCGUAAUUGAUUAUGAAAAUGCAUAUGCGUAGUUUUACCAUUUUCGCAAACGCAAAA